GCAGUCUAUAAUAAAGAGUAUAUUGUUGUCCUCGUGAAUGAGGAGUAUUUAAAGCUGGUGUAUGGUUUCAAGGCGUAUGUUGCCUACAGGAUCGCUCCUGAAAAUCAUGAAAACCUUAACUGUAGUCGGGAUUGUGGUAGGGAUUAUCGUGUUUCUUCUUCGUCCUAAUGAAUCUGUUGCCAAGACAAAGAAAGGCCCUUUGGUAACUUCCAAGGUCUUCUUUGAUGUUUCUAUUGGUGGGAAGCCUGCUGGAAGAAUUGUGAUUGGUCUGUUUGGCAAGACUGUUCCUAAAACUGCUAGAAAUUUUGAGGUUCUUGCUACUGGAGAGAAAGGGUUUGGUUACAAAGGAAGCAUCUUUCAUAGAGUAAUCAAGGAUUUUAUGAUUCAAGGAGGUGACUUUGUCAAUCGGGAUGGAACUGGAGGGUGUUGUUAGGAAAAUCGAGAAUACACCAUUAAGUGGCAGUCAACCCAUAAAGGAUUGUGUUAUAGUGGAUAGUGGCACUCUUCCUUUAGAUAAGCCAUUUAACAUAGAAAAGGAAUAGGUGAAUCAAUGACAACAGAGCAACACAGGAAGCCCAUGUUCUUUUUUUAGGCUGUUAGAGCAUUCACUCAUUCUAGCUACCUGGCACUACUCUUUGUCCAAGCAAUAUAUGAAGUAUAACUUAAUUCUCCCAAUUUGGAAAAUCCCAGGUCCACUAUAAAUUGUUGAAGGACAUUGGUUUCUUGUGUUAAUGUUAUUCAUGUUUGGUCAUCAAACAUAGCAACAAUCCUAUAUUCACUGUUUUAUAUAACUUAUAAUAACAGAAAUAAAAAGAAGUUUUAAUAAAUAUUUUGUGACCCUAAA